ACUGGCUUCGGCUCUCCACAUCCAGGUACGACACGCCCCCCUCGAGACGGUGAGGUCCCUGGGGUUGAUUACAACUUUAUGUCCAUAGAGGACUUCCUAAAUCUUGAGCAGUGUGGAACACUACUGGAAAUAGGAACGUAUGAAGGUAACUAUUAUGGGACCCCCAAGCCGCCGAGGCAGCCCGUGGUUGGGACAGUGAUUUUCAGUAAUGCUGUGCUCCUCAACGGCCCCCCAGGCUCCCAGCAGUCAACUCCCAAGCACACCAAGUCCUACAAUGACAUGCAAAACACCCGAGUAGUGCCUGCUGACUACGAGGAUGACGACCAGACCACGGAAAUGAACAACAGUUUUACAGGUAACUCUAGCGACCAGGACGAGAGCCGCGGCGGUGUUCUUCGGCCAUAUCCCGCGCGCGAGAAUGCUCCGUCCUAUGGUCUGAACAACGUGGCCGCCUCCACCUCGGACAACGGGCAGCAGACGCAUGCCCAACCCCAGGCCUCUCCUGAAGACCCCCUGGGACCCCUGCCAGACAACUGGGAGAUGGCCUACACAGAGAAUGGAGAAGUCUACUUUAUAGACCACAACACAAAGACCACAUCGUGGAUCGACCCCCGGUGUCUUGAGAAACCUCUGAAACCUCUGGAAGAGUGUGAGGAUGAUGAAGGGGUACAUACUGAGGAACCAGACAAUGAACUAGAGCUGCCUGCAGGAUGGGAGAAGAUAGAUGACCCAGUGUAUGGGGUGUACUACGUAGAUCACAUCAACAGGAAGACCCAGUAUGAGAACCCCAUAGUGGAGGCUAGGCGCAGGAUGCAGCUGGAGCAGCAGCAGCCGCAGCCUCCUGAAGAGUGGAUAGAGGAGCACUCCUCAGCUGGUGCUCCCCUGGCCAACUAUGCCAAUAACCACCUAGAGACGUACCGCGACCCGCAGGUCCCGCCCCCGCUGCCCCCUGCUCUGGGAGGGGCCAAACGAGAGAAGCCAUUCUUCACACGGAACCCAGCAGAGCUGAAGGGAACUUUCAUCAACACCAAACUGAAGAAGAGCCGCCGCGGAUUCGGCUUCACCGUAGUUGGGGGCGAUGAGCCGGAUGAGUUCCUGCAGAUCAAGAGUUUAGUCCUGGAUGGUCCUGCUGCUGUGGAUGGGAAGAUGGAGACAGGUGACGUGAUAGUGAGUGUGAACGACACCAUCGUUCUGGGCUACACCCACGCCCAGGUGGUGAAGAUUUUCCAGUCCAUCCCGAUCGGCUCCAUGGUGGACCUGGCCCUGUGCCGCGGCUACCCCCUGCCAUUUGACCCUGACGACCCCAACACCAGCUUGGUGACCUCCGUGGCCAUCCUGGACAAGGAGCCCAUCAUCGUCAAUGGCCAGGAGAGCUACGACUCUCCGUCCAGCCACGGCAGUCAGACCGGAGGGCCUGUUAACGGGAUGAGGGAGCCGCGGGCCCACAGUCCCUCGGCAGAGGUGGUGUCCAACGGCUCUCACGGCUACUCCUCCAGCGACGUGGUCACCCUGGCAUCAUCCAUCGCUGGGCAGCCAGAGCUGAUCACAGUGCACAUGGAGAAAGGCGAUAAGGGCUUUGGGUUCACCAUCGCUGACAGCCUGACGGGAGGGGGUCAGAGGGUGAAGCAGAUCGUGGAUUACCCCCGCUGCAGGGGCCUGAAGGAGUCAGAUAUUCUGAUGGAGGUGAACAAGAGGAAUGUCCAGAACAUGAGCCACAACCAGGUGGUGGACCUGCUCAGCAAGUGUCCCAGAGGGAGCGAGGUCACCAUGCUGGUGCAGAGAGGAGUGGUGGCGGCCAAGAGGAGCCCCAAGCUGGUGCAGCAGCUGGAGAGGAAGGACAGUCAGAGCAGCUCCCAGCACAGUGUGUGCAGCCAUCGCAGCACCCACACAGACUCCCCCAGCCACCCCCCCUCCAACAUGCCCAGUGAGGCCAUGGCCCCCCCUCCGGCCGCACCCACUCAGCCACUGCCUGGCUUGCCUCCGCUGCCCACCCAGGACCCUGUAGAUGGCACCAUGACCCUCCAGAAGAAGCCAGACCCCUUCAAGAUCUGGGCCCAGUCCAGGAGCAUGUAUGAGAGCAGACAGCCAGAUUGCCAGGAGCAGGAGAUUUUCCUGUGGCGGAAGGAUACAGGAUUUGGGUUCCGCAUCCUUGGAGGAAAUGAGCCUGGGGAGCCGAUCUACAUUGGACACAUAGUGAAGUACGGUGCAGCAGAUGAGGACGGACGCCUGCGUUCUGGGGACGAGCUCAUCUGUGUGGACGGCACGGCGGUGGUGGGGAAGUCUCACCAGCUGGUGGUGCAGCUGAUGCAGCAGGCCGCCAAGCAGGGCCACGUCAACCUCACAGUCCGACGCAAGAGCUCUGGAUACGGAGUUUCGAAAGGGGAGGGUGACGUGCCCCCGUCCCCUGCCUCGUCCCACCACAGCAGCACCCAGGCCCCCUCCCUGACGGAGGGAAAGCGGACCCCGCAGGGCAGCCAGAACUCCCUCAACACGGUCAGCUCUGGCAGUGGCUCCACCAGUGGCAUCGGCAGUGGGGGAGGAGGUGGCUCCGGCAGUGCUGUGGUCACCGCAGCCCUGCAGCCCUAUGACGUGGAGAUCCAACGUGGAGAGAAUGAGGGCUUCGGAUUCGUCAUUGUGUCAUCUGUCUCUAGGCCUGAUGCUGGGACUACAUUCGCUGGCAAUGCAUGUGUGGCCAUGCCCCACAAAAUAGGGCGCAUCAUCGAGGGGAGCCCUGCGGACCGCUGUGGGAAGCUGAAGGUGGGCGACCGCAUCUUGUCCGUCAACGGCUGCUCCAUUACCAACAAGUCCCACUCGGACAUCGUCAACCUGAUCAAGGAGGCCGGGAACACAGUCUCUCUGAGGAUCAUUCCUGGUGAUGAGUCCUCCAACGCGUCUCUGUUGACCAACGCUGAGAAGAUUGCCACCAUCACCACCACGCACACACCCCAAACUGCCACGGAGCCUCGGAACAACUCAAAGUCGAAACAGGCUCCUCCUCCACCUCCUCCAACACAAGCUCAGCCCUCACAGGAUGCCGAGUUCUACUCUGUGGAUCUGGAGCGGGACAGUAAAGGCUUUGGGUUCAGCCUGAGAGGAGGACGGGAGUACAACAUGGACCUAUAUGUGUUGAGGCUGGCUGAGGACGGGGCGGCUGGCAGGAAUGGCAAGAUGAGGGUGGGAGAUGAGAUCCUGGAGAUCAACGGCGAGAGCACAAAGAACAUGAAGCACGCACGGGCCAUCGAGCUGAUCAAGAAUGGUGGCCGGAGGGCACACCUGGUCCUCAAGAGGGGCGAUGGAUCUGUACCUGAAUAUGACUCCAGCCAUGACGGGCACUCUCCCACACCCGGGGCACAAAACUCUCCGGAAGUGAGAACCCUGCCACCAAACAGCCGAUAUCACACCUCAUCGGAGUCAAGUUAUCCACAAGACCUUCACAAACCAUCACGCCACAAGGAUGCUGCGCAGGGCCGAGACAGGGACAGGAUGGAGCACCAGGGCCAGCACUUUAACCCCCACCACCAUCACACCUGGAACAACAACCACAGCCAUACCACCCCCAGCCAACACUACCCUGAAAACAGUGGCGGCAACAAUAAGAAGAGCCGGGGACGCAAAGUCAACAAGUCAGAGUCAGAGAGCGGCAUCUCAAAACUAUUAAAGACUCUGCGUAAGGACAGCUCUAGGAAGAAGGCUGCAGCUGCAGUGGCAGCUACAGAACGAGAGCGGGAGCUCUCCGCUAGUAGCAGUACUCUAGACCCGAGGUACAGUCGACCACGCCGCGGCUCCCUCGACCGUUCGCCCACCCGUAAACAUAAAGCCUCCCCUGACCGACGGCGGGCCAAGUCCAUGGACCGCAGGGUUGAGCGAGCACACCGAGGCCGCACACCCGAAAAGGAGAGCGAGGACGGAGGUUUCAUCAGUCAUGCGGCUACUCCUGAACAACCACUCUACGACCGCAGGCUCCUGAGGGAACCACAGACCCUGGGCCGAGCCUACUUAGAGGCCACCACCCCAGAGCGCCUGAACAAAAGGGCUUCCUCCCUGUCUCUUUCCAGGGGGUGGACUCCUGACAGAGGCAGCCUGAAGAACGGCAACCUCCUGAGGGACUCGCCGGUUGAGACGAGGGAGGAGAGGUAUGGGAUGAACGGAACGCCAGAGAGACGGUACAGGUCAGAGAGAGAUUCAUCUCCAGACAGCAGCUAUAGCAGGGAGGAGCUGAACUACUGCAGUACACUGAAGAACAAUGCCUCCACUCACAACCACACAGGCUACAACGCAGCAGGACACUGCAACAACGCAGCAGGACACAACAACACAGCAGGACACAACAACACAGCAGGACACAACAAAGCAGCAGGACACAACAACGGAGUAGGUCGCGCCCAGAACCAGUUCCCCGUGCCUAUGAGAAGGCUUUACAAAGAGAUCCCGAAGGACCUCAGCAUCUGAGUGGACAGAGCCUGGACCCUGGCCUCUCACCCCUCAACCUGUGUAGGCCACAGCACAUACACUGGACUUGGACUUCUAAGGAGAUUAACUCGUGAUUUAUCCAAUCGCCUGGUUGAUUGAUUCAUUGAUUUGACUACUUGUGAUCCGGGACAGAGAUUCAUACCACAGCAGGAGUACAAUCUUUUUUUUGUUUGUACUGUAUGUUUUGCUUCUGUUCACAUUAUUUUGAGCAUUACGGCAGUUGUUAAUACUGUAGUGAAGGUAUGUGUAUGUGCCUAUCACAUCACAAAUGGCGAUUUAGCUUUUUUUGGGCAUCUCUGUUUGGAACCUCAGAGGGAACACAUACAGUCGCUAGUGAAAGACUACACACCACUUGCACAGUCUUCACAUUUUGCUGCCUCGAAAUGCAAUCCAAACAUUUAUUAAAUUAGAUUGGUAGAACAAUUAUCUACAAAACCUACUCCACAUUUUCGAAGUGAAAGAAAAAU